GUAUUCACGCCGCCGCCGCCGCCGCCGUAGUAGACGUGCGUAAUAAUAAAUUUAUCUAAUCGUACACAGUGUGCGCUCGCAGUUCACCCGACGUCCGCGCAAGAAGUAACCGGUAUACUCUUCCGUUCCGACGCCCACCCGGUGAAUUCGGAUUUUCUCCGAUUUAUAAUCUCGCGCUAUCCGAUCCGUAAAUAUUCGGUCGAACGGUAUCGUCGAUUUAAAUUAUAUUUUUGCGCGGCAAAAAUAAAAAAGACCAAAAAAACUAUAUAUCGUACAACCGAUCGGGUCAACGCGUUUUGACUAUGAAUUUCGUCGAAUCCGCCAGAUCUGUCUGAUGGCCAUCGCGUCCUGAAGUGCGUACUACGUCACAAUAUUUUAUACUAUCGAACGUCGUAUAAGAAUAAACAUUUAUUAUUGCCGAGAUCCACGAGAAAAAUGAUCAAUAGCUCGAUCCCAUUGAAAACAUUGCCGACAGCCAUUUUGGUGGUAAUAUUUUUCGUAGUCCAAGGAUUUUGCUUGCCGGCUCAUUCGAAAAUUAUUAUAAUUGAAGAUGAGGUAGGUAAUAUAUCUGCUGUAGAAGGCGAACGUUUGGAGAUAAAAUGUGAUUAUUCAGAAGCCAAAAAAAUCACCAAGGUACAAUGGACAAAAGAAUCAGAAGAUGAAACAUCAAUCGAUUCUCCGAACAUAUUACCAUUGAAGAAAUCGCAAUGGUUACGUUUUAAAAACGUAAAGCAUUCCGAUCAAGGACGGUACGCGUGUUUGAUCAGUGGUUCGACUGAGAACGGGUUCUUUUCUAAAUGGCGUAAUAUUACUCUGAUUACGUAUAAAAUUUCGGAGGCAUCGGGGAAACCGUUGAAAGUAACAGCACCGCAGUCUCUGUCACACCGAAGGGAUGGUACCAAACCUAAAUUCAUCGAUAAACCAUACAUGGAUAACAAUAUAGUGCUAUUAAUAGACGAUACUCGAACCCUGAGUUGUCCGGUCGAGAGUACUUCUCCGUUAAUGAUUUCUUGGUUUAAGAAUAAUGUAUUACUCGUCGAAGAGAGCAUACUCGUAAAUUACACUUUAAAUCGAGUAAAACUAUCAGAUGCUGGUAGUUAUACAUGUGUGGUGAAAAACGAUUUCGGUUCCAUCCAACAUAAAUUUCACGUGGACAUUUAUGCGGACAAAAACAAAUUACCGAUUUUGGUCGAAUAUCCUCAAAAUCUAACGUUAAAAUCAGGGGACACGGCUGUGUUUACUUGCAAGCCUUCCGACUUGCAUCACGGAAGGAUCGAUUGGUACUUCUUGAACGAAACGAGCCCACAAGACAUAUAUACCGAAGAACUAGUCCGUUACGAAAAAAUGAUGAAUCACAACAAUGUUAAAUUGUUUAAUGGUGUGUUGAUACUCGAAAACAUUAAAAUCGACGAUAUUGGGUGGUAUGCGUGUUACAUCAAUGGAACCAAAACUCCUAUAAUGGCUGGAGCUAAAUUAGACGUGGUGAAAAAUACCGAUGACAAUGAUCAAGAAUCGGAAAAAGGAGAUGAUGGAGAAACUGUUGACCAUCAUGGGAAAACUGGUUAUUAUGAUGCAGCGGAAGACUCCACGGCUCCAAAAUUUACAAAAAUCGAUAAUAUGCACAGGGUGGUCGCUAAGCCUGCUGGAAAUAUGUUGAGAUUGAAGUGCACAGCCGAAGGUAAUCCUACUCCAAACGUAACUUGGUACAAGGACGGACAGACGCCGGUCCAACGCAUUAUGGGCACAGUCAGGUACUCGCAAUGGGGCAUAGUGUUUGAAGAUCUGGUCAAAGGGGAUUCCGGCAACUACACGUGCAAAGUGUGCAACAAGAACGGAUGUAUUGAAUUUACGUACAAAGUCGAUGUGGUCGAAAGAUAUGCACAUAAGCCCUACAUAAAAGACGGUCAACCACAAAAUAUUACCGCUUUGGUGUACUCUAAUGUGUCGUUCGAAUGCAACCCGUACGCCGAUCUUGAGCCAUACAUGGAAUGGUUUUAUCAUAAUGCCAGUGUUGUGAACGUCACCGAGAAUAAUUUAAAAAAUGGCAUUCUCAAACAGAACAACACUGACUCCGGGAUCCCAGAAGUGUUGCAGCUGUUCAAUGUCACAUAUUUAGACGAAGGAUGGUACACAUGCGUGGCGGCUAACAAUCUAGGCAUGAGCUACGCAAGCGCUUAUUUAAAAGUGGUCAACGAACUAGAAGAUCCAGUAAAAAUUAAAGCCUUUCAAUUACAAACUUAUCAAUUAGCUGCGCUGGGUAUUAGUUUUGUACUAGUAAUUGCUGUGUGCGUCGCAAUGUUAGUGUGUAGUCAGAGAAAGAGGGAAAAACUAAAAGAAUUAGUCGCUAGAGAAUCGGCUAGAAAUGCAAUGAUCACUCAGUGGACUAAAAAAAUUAUCAUCGAAAAACAAAUGGCUGAUGCAAAUGAAGCAUUGUUAAUGCCGUUAGUGAAAAUCGAAAAACAAAAAUGUAAAUACACAAAAUUGGACCAAGGGUGUCCGUUCGAAUACGAAUUACCACUUGAUCCCAUUUGGGAAGUUCCAAGAGAUAAUUUAUCAUUGGGAAAAACACUUGGUGAAGGUGCAUUCGGGAAAGUCUUGCGGGGUGAAGCUUAUUUAAUUGAGAAUGAAAUGACCACCGUAGCAGUAAAAAUGUUAAAAGAUGGGCACAGUGAUACUGAAAUGAUGGAUUUAGUGUCUGAAAUGGAAAUGAUGAAAGUGAUUGGAAAACAUAUGAAUAUCAUAAACCUAUUGGGAUGUUGUACACAAGACGGUCCGUUGUAUGUGCUGGUAGAAUUUGCAUUACAUGGUAAUCUUCGAGAUUUCUUGAGACAGCACAGACCGUCAUCUGGGUAUGAACCAGCGAUUGGUUCGAAUUUGAAAGACACAUUGACGCAAAAGGACCUCGUAUCGUUUGCAUAUCAAGUUUCCAGAGGAAUGGAGUAUUUAGCAUCCCGAAAGUGUAUUCAUAGAGAUUUAGCUGCAAGAAAUGUAUUGGUAAGCGAAGAUUUUGUUAUGAAAAUUGCUGAUUUCGGUUUGGCUAGAGACAUUCAAGAUCAAGAAUAUUAUAGGAAAACGACCGAUGGAAGACUUCCAGUAAAAUGGAUGGCACCAGAAGCCUUAUUUCACAGGGUUUACACAACUCAGUCCGACGUGUGGUCUUACGGAGUACUGCUGUGGGAAAUUAUGACUUUGGGCGGUACGCCUUAUCCUUCCGUGCCUAAUAUAGAACAAUUAUUCAAUCUGCUGCAGAGCGGACAUCGCAUGGAGAAACCGUCGUGCUGUUCUCUGGAUAUAUACAUGAUAAUGCGUGACUGCUGGAGCUAUGACCCGAACGAGAGACCGGUAUUCGAAGAGCUGGUGGAGAGCCUCGGCCAAAUAUUAUCGGUGACGGCCAACCAGGAGUACGUGGACUUCGGGCUGCCGCAACUGGACACGCCGCCCACCAGUCAGGAGUCGUUUGACGAAAACGAUCUGGUCAACUUCAACAUGUGAUUCGGGACCGUCUCCCGUCGUCUAAGUCAUGAACACCCACUCGUGGUGCCAUUAUAAAAUAAUAUAAUUGCAGUUCGCCGAUCGGUGGUGCAUUCGAGAGAAUACCACUGCGAUACUUUAUUACUGUUAUUUCGUAAUAUUAUGUUGUGGUGAUUAUCGUCCACGCCGAAACUUGGUUGCACGAUUCACCACCAUUCCUGCGAGGACUUCUGAAUCGGACCGUCGAAACAUCGUCUCAAGACCGGACCGAUUGUCAAUAGAUGUGCAGCUGAUGACGUACCUGAUAGUAUACCAUAUAAAUAUACUAUUUAAAUUAUAUUUACACGUCUUCUCAUCGCCGUGGGCUGUUUCAGAGAGUUUCGGACGAAAGCCGUAUCAGUAUUUACCGUGAUUUCAUUAUUAUGUGUUUCACAUAGAUCUUUACAUAUAUUAUAAUAAAUUAUUAUUAUUAUUACCAUCCGUACCUAUUAUUUCGGUUGUAAAUAACAUUAAUUAUUACUGUAAACGGAUAUAAUAUUGUAUUAUCGUUUUUUCUUAAUU